CCCCGGGUUUGUUGACAGCGGAGGCGGCGGCAGCUGCAGGCUGCGAGCCGUAGGAGCCGGAUCGGGGGAGGGGCCGGGCCCCGGAGCCAGCACCCGGCGUCCCUCAGCCCCGCCCGCCGCCCUAAGGGCAAGGCCGUGGCUCAGCUAAUGAUCCUGUGAGUGUCAGGGAGUCACCAUUGCCCCUGGGGGCCCCUGUCCCAGAGUGGCCUACCUGUCUGCUCCCAGCAUGGCGUCAGACACCCCUGAGUCCCUGAUGGCCCUCUGCACUGACUUCUGCCUGCGCAACCUGGAUGGUACCUUGGGCUACCUGCUGGACAAGGAGACUCUGCGGCUCCAUCCAGACAUCUUCCUGCCCAGCGAGAUCUGUGACCGGCUCGUCAACGAGUAUGUGGAGCUGGUCAACGCCGCCUGCAACUUUGAGCCGCAUGAGAGCUUCUUCAGCCUCUUCUCAGACCCCCGCAGCACCCGCCUCACCCGAAUCCACCUCCGCGAGGACCUGGUGCAGGACCAGGACCUGGAAGCCAUUCGCAAGCAGGACCUGGUGGAGCUGUACCUGACCAACUGCGAGAAGCUGUCCGCCAAGAGCCUGCAGACGCUGAGGAGCUUCAGCCACACCCUGGUGUCCUUGAGCCUGUUCGGCUGCGCGAACAUCUUCUACGAGGAGGAGAACCCGGGGGGCUGUGAAGACGAGUGCCUCGUCAACCCCACCUGUCAGGUGCUGGUCAAGGACUUCACCUUCGAGGGCUUUAGCCGCCUGCGCUUCCUGAACCUGGGCCGCAUGAUCGAUGGGGUCCCCGUGGAGUCCCUGCUGCGGCCGCUCAACUCGCUGGCCGCCUUGGACCUCUCGGGCAUCCAGACGAGCGACGCGGCCUUCCUAACCCAGUGGAAAGACAGCCUGGUGUCCCUCGUGCUCUACAACAUGGACCUGUCUGACGACCACAUCCGUGUUAUUGUCCAGUUGCACAAGCUGCGACACCUGGACAUCUCCCGAGACCGCCUCUCCAGCUACUACAAGUUCAAGCUGACUCGCAAGGUGCUGAGCCUCUUUGUGCAGAAGCUGGGGAACCUGAUGUCCCUGGACAUCUCUGGCCACAUGAUCCUGGAGAACUGCAGCAUCUCUAAGAUGGACGAGGAUGCAGGACAGACCAGCAUCGAGCCUUCCAAGAGCAGCAUCAUGCCGUUCCGGGCUCUGAAGAGGCCACUGCAGUUCCUUGGGCUCUUCGAGACCUCCCUGUGCCGCCUCACGCACAUUCCGGCCUACAAAGUGAGUGGUGACAAAAAUGAGGAACAGGUGCUGAAUGCCAUCGAGGCCUACACGGAGCACAGGCCGGAGAUCACCUCACGGGCCAUCAACCUGCUUUUCGACAUCGCACGCAUUGAACGCUGCAACCAGCUUCUGCGGGCCCUGAAGCUGGUCAUCACGGCCCUCAAGUGCCACAAGUAUGACAAGAACAUUCAAGUGACGGGCAGCGCUGCCCUCUUCUACCUGACCAAUUCCGAGUAUCGCUCAGAGCAGAGCAUCAAGCUGCGCCGGCAGGUCAUCCAGGUGGUGCUGAAUGGCAUGGAAUCCUACCAGGAGGUGACGGUCCAGCGGAACUGCUGCCUGACCCUCUGCAACUUCAGCAUCCCUGAGGAGCUGGAGUUCCAGUACCGCCGAGUCAACGAGCUCUUGCUCAGCAUCCUCAACCCCACGCGGCAGGACGAGUCGAUCCAGCGCAUCGCCGUGCACCUGUGCAACGCCCUGGUCUGCCAGGUGGACAACGACCACAAGGAGGCCGUGGGCAAGAUGGGCUUUGUCGUGACCAUGCUGAAGCUGAUUCAGAAGAAGCUGCUGGACAAGAUAUGUGACCAGGUGAUGGAGUUCUCCUGGAGCGCCCUGUGGAACAUCACGGAUGAGACCCCCGACAACUGUGAGAUGUUCCUUAACUUCAACGGCAUGAAGCUCUUCCUGGACUGCCUGAAGGAGUUCCCAGAGAAGCAGGAGCUGCAUCGGAAUAUGCUAGGACUCUUGGGGAAUGUGGCAGAGGUGAAGGAGCUACGGCCCCAGCUAAUGACUUCCCAAUUCAUCAGUGUCUUCAGCAACCUGCUGGAGAGCAAGGCUGAUGGGAUUGAGGUUUCCUACAAUGCCUGUGGCGUCCUCUCCCACAUCAUGUUUGAUGGCCCUGAGGCCUGGGGCAUCUGUGAACCCCAGCGGGAGGAGGUAGAGGAGCGCAUGUGGGCAGCCAUCCAGAGCUGGGACAUCAACUCACGGAGAAAUAUCAAUUACAGGUCAUUUGAGCCAAUUCUUCGCCUCCUUCCCCAGGGCAUCUCACCUGUCAGCCAGCAUUGGGCCACCUGGGCCCUGUACAACCUGGUGUCUGUCUACCCGGACAAGUACUGCCCCCUGCUGAUCAAAGAAGGUGGAAUGCCCCUCCUGAGGGACAUGAUCAAGAUGGCAACCGCGCGGCAAGAGACCAAGGAAAUGGCCCGCAAGGUGAUUGAGCACUGCAGUAACUUUAAAGAGGAGAACAUGGACACAUCCAGAUAGAGGCCUCUGCCCCCACGGCCGCCACUGCUCUGGACCACGAGGCUGGGAGGAAGCACUCUCAAGCAGCCCAGCUGGCAGAUCCCCACCCGGGGAGCCUCCCAACUGGAUGAAGGGACACAGGGGGACUUUUGCACAACCGACGCUUUUCCUUAACAUUAGUGAGAUAUAUAUAUAUAUAUAUAAUAUAUAUAUAUAUUAU